AGACUUGGUUCUGAAUCCAUGUGUACCAUACCUUUUGUUUUAUUCCUUUUGGAUUAAUUUUGAUAAAGUUCAACUUUGGAAUUUCAGCGAAUGAGAGCUGAAUAUAUGCGAAAGAAAGGUGAAUUUUUGGGAAAGAAGCGUGAAUUUUUGCGAAGGGAAGCUGAAUUUACACCAGCGGAAGCUGAACUUUUGCGAAGUGAAGCUGAAUUUUUGCGAAAGGAAACUGAAUCUAUGCGAAAGAAAACUGAAACUAUGCGAAUGGUAGCCGAAUUUUUGAGAACGGAAGCUGAAUCAGGGCUAAAGGAAGCUGAAUUUUCGCUAAAGGAAGCUGAAUUGACACCAGGGGAAGUUACGCGGAUGCGAUUGCAGGCUGAUGUGAUGCGAAGUUGCACUGAUGAACUUAUGCAAAGGAGAGAUGAAUAUGAGACUUUUCUGAACCAAAACCUGGGUAAGAAAAUGAAAGAGGAUGAAGAAGAGGACGAGGGGCCAGACGACGAAGGGCCGGAGGGCGGAGGGCCGGAGAAGGACGAGGGACCGGAGAAGGACGAGGGACCGGGGAAGGAGAAAGAAGAGGGAAAGAAACGAGCACCAGACUCUGCUUUGGAGGGGGGAAAGGCACCCAAGAUUCCGAAGGCAUAUUUAGCAUGCGUGGCUCUGUUGACCGCAUAUUACGUUGUGCAAAGCAUGGAGACAAUCCAAAUGCUUAUGUUCGUAUGGGUUGAGGCUUCUAAAAAAACUGGAGAAAGAAAGCUUUCUUAUAAUAAAGUGGGUUGGUCUUGCAUGUAGAUGUCUUAGAAAUGGAAAGCUAUGCUAUUAAAACUACUAUUUGAUAGCCAACUUUGGUUAUUAUUGCAAUUGGGAAAACUGUGCUGUUAAAACUACUGUGUGUUUGUUAAGUUCCAUGUUUAAGACAUUUCAAGAAUUUUUAAGGACAAAAUAGACAAAACUGUGCUGU